AUGUAUAAUUAUUCCAUUAAUAAACCAAUGUAUUUUGCUACGUUAAUCCACGAUGAACUUCAUAAAGAACUUGUUGAUAGCUUGAGUGUUCAACGUUUCCUUAUUUUUCGUUCUGAGAUCGAUUUACAUACAAUAGAUAAGUUAUAUAAAGUAAUCUAUGGAAUAGAUCUGUCAGAAGAUGUCAAACAAAAGUAUCAUAGUGAAUAUGGUAAUACAUUGUUAAAACUUUUGAAAAAAAGAGAAAUUCCAGAUAUAUUUCAACAUUCAAUAUCAAUAAUACCACCAUUGGUUCCUUUGAUUGAGGUCUAA